CAAUUCGAACUCUGUGUGUGUUGUCCCUUUCAAGGUCUCCAGCAUGCGUUCUUCCGGUCUCUACACAGCACUCCUGUGCUCCCUGGCCGCCUCGACCAACGCGAUUGUCCAUGAAAAGCUCGCCGCGGUCCCCUCCGGCUGGCAUCAUGUCGAAGAUGCUGGCUCCGACCACCAGAUAAGCCUGUCGAUCGCGCUGGCACGCAAGAACCUCGAUCAGCUUGAAUCCAAGCUGAAAGACUUGUCAACACCUGGCGAAUCGCAAUACGGCCAGUGGCUGGACCAGGAGGAUGUCGACACGCUGUUCCCAGUGGCCAGCGACAAGGCUGUGAUUAACUGGCUGCGCAGCGCCAAUAUCACCCAUAUUUCCCGCCAGGGCAGCUUGGUGAACUUUGCGACCACGGUCGAUAAGGUGAACAAGCUUCUCAACGCCACCUUUGCCUACUACCAAAGCGGCUCUUCCCAGAGAUUGCGCACAACAGAGUACUCCAUCCCGGAUGAUUUGGUCGACUCAAUCGACCUCAUCUCCCCAACGACCUUCUUCGGCAAGGAAAAGACUACUGCUAGUUUGAACCAGCGGGCGCAAAAGAUUGACAACCAUGUGGCCAAACGUUCCAACAGCUCGUCCUGUGCCGAUCUCAUUACGCUGUCCUGCCUGAAGGAGAUGUACAACUUUGGCAACUACACUCCCAGCGCCUCGUCGGGCAGCAAGCUGGGCUUCGGCAGCUUCCUGAACGAAUCCGCCUCGUAUUCUGACCUUGCCAAGUUCGAGAAGCUGUUUAACCUGCCCUCUCAGAGCUUUUCCGUGGAGUUGGUCAACGGCGGCGUCAAUGAUCAGAAUCAAUCGACGGCUUCCUUGACCGAGGCGGACCUCGAUGUGGAAUUGCUCGUCGGAGUUGCUCAUCCCCUCCCUGUGACUGAGUUCAUCACUUCUGGCGAACCUCCUUUCAUUCCCGACCCCGAUGAGCCGAGUGCCUCCGACAACGAGAACGAGCCUUACCUCCAGUACUAUGAGUACCUCCUCUCCAAGCCCAACUCGGCUCUGCCCCAAGUGAUUUCCAACUCCUAUGGUGACGACGAACAGACCGUUCCAGAGUACUACGCCAAGCGAGUCUGCAACCUGAUCGGACUUGUUGGCCUGCGCGGCAUCAGUGUCCUCGAGUCGUCCGGUGACGAAGGUAUUGGAUCCGGCUGCCGAACCACCGACGGCACCAACCGAACCCAAUUCAACCCCAUCUUCCCGGCCACCUGUCCCUACGUGACCGCCGUGGGAGGAACAAUGUCCUAUGCCCCCGAAAUCGCCUGGGAAGCCAGUUCCGGCGGAUUCAGCAACUACUUCGAGCGGGCGUGGUUCCAGAAGGAAGCUGUGCAGAACUACCUGGCGCACCACAUCACCAACGAGACCAAGCAGUACUACUCGCAAUUCGCCAACUUUAGCGGUCGCGGGUUCCCUGACGUUGCUGCCCAUAGCUUUGAGCCUUCAUAUGAGGUUAUCUUCUACGGCGCCCGCUACGGCUCCGGCGGUACCUCAGCCGCGUGUCCCCUUUUCUCUGCGCUAGUGGGCAUGCUGAACGAUGCUCGUCUGCGGGCGGGCAAGUCCACGCUGGGUUUUUUGAACCCUCUGCUCUAUAGCAAGGGGUACAGAGCGUUGACUGAUGUGACGGGGGGCCAGUCGAUCGGAUGCAAUGGCAUUGAUCCGCAGAAUGAUGAGACUGUUGCCGGCGCGGGCAUUAUCCCGUGGGCGCACUGGAAUGCCACGGUCGGAUGGGAUCCGGUGACUGGAUUGGGACUUCCUGACUUUGAGAAGUUGAGGCAGUUGGUGCUGUCGUUGUAGAUGUAUAUGUAUAUGGUAUGAGAUUUUGUAUGUGAUAUGUGAUAUUAUGUGAGAGAUAAUGGUUUAGACUGUGCGUGGUAUACAUGGACAGUUUAUUUUUAUUAAAUGAGCACCUUCAUACGGCAGGGGUCUUAGAGAUUCCUCGCAUUGUUAUGAUCGC